UCAGAUUGCGCAGCUGCAGGGUGACGUGGCUGAGCGUGACCAGAAGCUGGAGGAGCUGUUGGCCGCACACAAGGAACUCGAGGAGCGGCACGCCGACGACGCCCAAGCCGCGCAGGAGAAGCAGGCAGAGCUGGAGGGCCUGAUUGCGCAGCUGCAGGGCGACGUGGCUGAGCGUGACCAGAAGCUGGAGGAGCUGUUGGCCGCACACAAGGAACUCGAGGAGCGGCACGCCGACGACGCCCAAGCCGCGCAGGAGAAGCAGGCAGAGCUGGAGGGCCUGAUUGCGCAGCUGCAGGCUCAGAUUGAGCAACUGCAGGGUGAACUUGGCGACAAAGAGGCUGAACGUGAAAAUUCUGAAGUUGAGCAUGAUGAGGCUAUUCGCAACCUGGAAAGUGUGAUUGAAGAGCGUGACCAGGAGAUAGAAGAUGCGUUGGCUGCGCAGAGGGAACUCGAGGAGCGGCACGCCAACGACGCGUUUGCGGCUGAGGAGAAACAGGCGGAAUUACAGGCUCAGAUUGAGCAGCUGCAGGGCGACGUGGCUGAGCGUGACGAGAAGCUGGAGCAGCUGUUGGCCGCACAGAAGGAACUUAAGGAUUGUCAAGAGAGCGAUGCGCGCGCUGCCCGAGAUAAUGAGACGGAGCUGCAGCAUCGGUUGGAACUUCUGGAGAAUGAGCUGCAGUCCACGGAGAGGCAUUUGCAGGAUGAAAUCGCCGCCUACGAAGCUGAGGUUGAUGAUUGGCGUGGCAAGCUGGACGCGGAGCAGCGGCAGAGCGAGGAACAGUCUGCCGAGUUUGAGGGCCGCAUAAAGGAGCUUGACGGAGAGCUGUCGGACGCCAAGAGGCGCAUUUAUGAACUGAGGCACUACAUGACCGAUUUUGAACAGUACACUCGUGGCGCCUAUGAGACGACGCUCGAGGGAUUCUCUGCGAAGCGGCAAGAGGCGCUGGAGGAGCUCAGCCUAAGCAGUAGUGCCAACAUGACCGACUACGCCAACGCCACGGCGGCACGGCUGCAACUGAUGGAGGCGGUUGAGCAGCUGCAGCGGAUGUUGGAGAAGGAAAAGCAGCAGGCAAACGAGGAGAUCGGUAAACUGCGCAACUCACUGGCACAGUCGAAGUCCGCGAGCCACAAUCGUAUGGAGGAAGUCCUUGCGUUUGUGCGGUCCGCACAGGGCGCCCUUCUUCAGGCGGUGGAGGCUGGCACUGAGGACGUUGAUGGGAUCUCUCGCUUGGGGUCACCGGAGCCUCGUCGUGGUGUUUCAGUGCCACUUGGCGACUGCUCGAACAAGGAAAAUAAUGCGAAGCGCAGCAGCUCGCGAGCCAUGUUUGCACCGAUGAGCCAUGCGGUGUGA